UUAAAAUAAAAAUAUUAGAUCGACAUUAUGUAAUAAAAUUUAUUCUAACAUUGAGGGCGGCGCGAUAAAUAAUGCUUAAGGCGGCAUCGAGUCUAAAUUCGUCACUGCUCUAUUUUAUUGAUUAAAUCAAAUGUUGUUGUGGAAACAAUCUUUUUAUCGAUUCAAUAAAUAUACCUGUCUAAUUUAUUACAACGCUUAUGUAUUUAGACUUCGAUUCAAAAUUCCUACUAAAUGACCAAUAAUUUCUACAAAACUUUGGUAUUUGUUUGUAUGACGUGUUUAAAGCGGCAAUUUUAAAGUUAUGUAGUUUUGUUCGUUGUUGUUUUCAAUAAUGAAGAGAAUAAAAUUUUGAGUCUUACUCCUGAGCUUGGUAAACACACAAAUAAAACUGGUAAGAAAGCAAAGUAGAAGAGAAUUACAAAUAAACUAUUACAUCAUGUAUGUCAAUGGAUUUGAGGUUAAUAGGAGUCGAAUCGGGAGUCAAAGGAAGCCAAUAAAGAAGACCAAAGAAUCUAAUUUUAAUAGGCGUCAUAAAGAAAUAAUAAAGUUAAAUUACAGUUCCAAGAAACUGAAUGCAAAAAGAAAUUUAAUUUUAAGACAUUUCGAUUUAUAUACAUUAAGAAAGGUUUUUAAUAAAUCUUUUGUGUUAGAUAAAGCAUGUAGAGAAAUCGAAGAUGAAAUUUUUUUUGAUCAAUAUUUAUCAGAAGAUUCUGGUGAGCUUAUCAUAGAAAAUGAUAAAGAUUUUAAAAUGAUAGCUAGGCUAAAAUCACAAAAAUUUAAAGCUGGUUUUAAAGUCGAUGAAAAAUUUAAAGUCGUAAAACAAUCAGAUAACGAUUCAAGUACAGAAAUUAAUUUGGACAGUAAUGAUCAGAUGAAUGUGAUCACGCUGGUGCUGUCGACGAUUUGGAUUUGGAAAAUUUAUUAGUAAUGAUGGCACUGUCUUCGAAACCCGAACUGGAUGGAGUUGGAAUUAAGUUGCUUAAUAAUGAAAACGAGAAACAAAAUCAAUUUGCUAAAGAUUUUGUUCCUUUAGCGUUACCUUCGAACAUUUGCAAUGAAAUCAGUAAUGUUUUGAAAAUAGUCCCGUUUAGGCUAGAAAUGAACAAUCGCAAAAUGUAUCUUUCGAUGAAAUAUGUCCGAAAAUGGAAAACUUAUGUCAAAAGAAAACAAGAUUUUUUUGUUGAACAAAGAAAAAAAACGUUAAAUACAUUUUUUGAAAAGUUAGAGAAGAAAAAAUCUAAUAUUAAUCAAGCAAAAGAUUACACAAGUAGAGCAAAGUCUCAGGUUAAAGACUACAAAACUUAUCAACAAAGGUACAAAGUUCAAAAACACAUAAUUGCUUUACAAAAGGCUAAACUUGAAGAACAGAAUAGAAUUAUAGAAGAAUUGAAAUACAACAAAAUUCUAGAAGCUUCGCGACAGUCAGUCGAUGAAAUGAGAGAAGAAGUUCGUAAAUCUUAUUUCGAAAUAGAUAGACAGUUAAAGCCUAAAAUAAAAUGUUUGACCAACGAACUAAAGAUACCUGAAGUUGAUGAAUCGUCGUUGGUCCUUCAUUGUUUAAAGGUGCCGCAGUUUUUACAAAGAAUGGAGAAAAGAGCACGUGAAAGAGAAGAAAAACAUGCUAUGAUACGAGAAAGACGUAAACAAAUGGAAGAAGAUAGAAUUAGACUGAAGCAACAGGAAGAAUUAUCAAAGGCCGAAAUGGAUAAAGAAGAAAAACUUAGGAGGAUUACAGAAUUGCGUGAAAAAAGAAAAAAGGAUAAAAUAGAAAGCAUUAGACGGAAGCAAUACACUGAAAGAAUGAGAGCUCUUAGAGUGAUGGCUGACCUACACUACGAGAGAUAUUUAAUGGUUAAUUAUGCUAUCAGACCAUUAAAAAAGCUAUUAGAAAUAAAACGAUACAACGUAGAGAUGGCGGAGUCACAUUAUAAUUUCCAACUAAAGAAAAACGUAUUCUUAAAUUUCAUGUGGUAUACAGAAGAUAUGGUUUUCGAAAGAAAUUAUGUGGCACAAAAUUUUUACCGAAAAAAAGUACUAAGAAAAUACUUUGAAGGAUUUAAGAAGAAUCAUUAUGAAUUCGUUUUGAAAAUGCAAGUAGCCGUGGAUUACUAUGACUACUACGUUACUAAUUUUAUGUUUCGAAAAUUUAAAGAAGGAAUAAAUGUUUUACGAAAGGAGUUUGAAAUUAAAGUUCAAAGAGCUGAUGCAUACUAUGAAAGUAAUCUCCUGUUUAAGACUUUUACAUGUUGGCGUACGUUGCCGGCUUUGAACGCACUCAAGAGAGAGCAAGAGGCGAGGAAAGCCAAAUGGAGACAGAAGGUUUUACAAGUCGUCCCUGAUUACACUCCGCCGGAUGACUGACUGAUUACCUUAUCUUAUUGUUUCACUGUUUUAAGGUGUUGCAAUCAAAAUUAAAGUUAUCUACUAUUUCACAAUAGUAGCUACGUUUUUUGUCAUAGUCGAUAUUUCAAUUAAACCAAUUAUUGCUUAAUUACUUUACUUUACACUAUAGAGUAUACUAAAUAGUAGGUACUUAAGGGGCAUGAUUGUUGGAAUAAGGGUCACUAGACUGCCUAGUUUUAUGUCAAUUAUUUUAAUAAUGAAACUAAGUCUAACUAAAGUCUACGCUACCAUCUCUAAUUAUAGGUACUUUUUAUAUAAACAUAUAUAUGUCUAACUUGUCAAAAAAAGUUGAACGCCUAGCUUAGCGUUAGCUUUAGGCGUAAUUUAAUUAAUAUUAUUUUUACAGAGUCUAAUAAAAACAGUAUUGGAUA